AUGGGGCUGUUUGGAAAAACCCAGGAGAAGCCGCCCAAAGAGCUGGUCAAUGAAUGGUCAUUGAAGAUAAGAAAGGAAACGAGAGAAGUUGAGAGACAAAGAAGAGAUAUCCAGCGGGAAGAAGAAAAAGUGAAACGCUCUGUGAAGGAUGCUGCCAAGAAAGGCCAGAAGGACGUCUGCGUGGUGCUGGCCAAGGAGAUGAUCCGGUCGCGGAAGGCAGUGAGCAAGCUCUACCCGUCCACAGCCCACAUGAACUCUGUGCUCAUGGGCAUGCGGAACCAGCUGGCCAUUCCCCAAGUGGCUGGCUCCCUGCAGAAGAGCACAGAGGUGAUGAAAGCCAUGCAGAGUCUUGUGAGGAUCCCUGAAAUCCAGGCCACCAUGCGGGAGCUGUCUAAGGAGAUGAUGAAG